GCCCCGAGCCCGGCGAGCCGCGCCGAGCCAGCGCCGGCAGCAUGAGGAGCGGCGGCGCCGCUGCAGCCGCUGGGUCCGCGGGACAGGCGGAGCAGGAAUAACAUGUGUGGAAGUACUUGCUAUUGUUGAUCACCUGUACCCAGCACAAGAGCUGCAGUUUAAUCGUUCUUGAGCUCUGCUCUCAGAACAUGGGGGAGAAUGAUGAUGAAAAAUACAAUCAAGCUGGCCGGAUAUUUGAAAACUUUGUACAGGCAUCAACAUGCAAAGGCACCAUUCAGGCCUUCAAUAUUCUCACUCGCCAACUUGAAUUAGAUCCUUCGGACAAUAGAAACUUCUACACCAAACUGAAAUCGAGAGUGACCACAUGGAAAGCCAAAGCUUUGUGGAACAAGCUUGAUAAGAGAGCAAGUCACAAAGAGUAUAAACGUGGAAAGUCUUGUAUGAACACUAAGUGUUUAAUUAUUGGAGGUGGCCCUUGUGGCCUACGGACUGCCAUAGAACUUGCCUUCCUGGGAGCCAAGGUUGUCGUUGUGGAGAAGCGGGACACUUUCUCAAGGAACAAUGUGCUACAUCUCUGGCCCUUUACCAUCCAUGACCUUCGGGGACUGGGAGCAAAGAAAUUUUAUGGAAAGUUCUGUGCAGGAUCUAUUGAUCACAUCAGUAUUCGACAGCUUCAACUCAUCCUCUUCAAAGUUGCACUUAUCCUUGGAGUGGAAAUUCAUGUGAACCUGGAAUUCGUCAAAGUCCUGGAGCCUCCUGAGGAUCAAGAAAACCAAAAGAUGGGUUGGAGGGCUGAAUUUCUCCCCAUGGAUCACCCUUUGUCAGAGUAUGAAUUUGAUGUUAUCAUUGGUGCAGAUGGCCGCAGGAACACAUUAGAAGGGUUCAGGAGGAAGGAAUUUCGUGGAAAGCUGGCUAUAGCGAUCACUGCCAAUUUUAUAAACAGAAAUACAACUGCAGAAGCCAAGGUAGAAGAAAUUAGUGGGGUUGCUUUCAUCUUCAAUCAGAAGUUCUUCCAGGACCUGAAAGAGGAAACGGGGAUUGACCUGGAGAAUAUUGUUUACUAUAAAGACAGCACGCAUUAUUUUGUGAUGACAGCAAAAAAGCAGAGUCUUCUGGACAAAGGAGUGAUUAUUAACGACUCCAUUGAUACCGAGCUGCUGCUCUGUGGGGAAAAUGUGAACCAGAGCAAUUUGCUGUCCUACGCCAGAGAAGCUGCUGACUUUGCAACCAACUACCAGCUGCCUUCCUUGGAUUUUGCAAUUAACCAUUAUGGCCAACCAGAUGUAGCAAUGUUUGAUUUUACCUCCAUGUAUGCAUCUGAAAACGCUGCGCUGGUGAGAGAGAGGCACAGACAUCAGCUCCUGGUGGCUCUUGUUGGAGAUAGUUUGCUUGAGCCGUUCUGGCCCAUGGGCACUGGCUGUGCCAGAGGCUUCCUGGCUGCCUUUGACACGGCGUGGAUGGUGCGGAGCUGGGCGCAGGGAAAGCCCCCGCUGGAGAUCCUGGCUGAACGAGAGAGCAUUUAUCGACUCUUGCCUCAGACGACCCCUGAAAAUAUUAAUAAGAACUUUGACCAGUACACCAUUGACCCAGGAACAAGAUACCCGAACUUGAACUCGAGCUGUGUUCGACCUCACCAGGUGAGACAGUUAUAUGUUACCAAUGAGCUACAGCAGUGUCCCCUUGAGAGAGUGAGCUCCAUUAGAAGAUCAGUGAACCUCACAAGACAGGAGUCAGAUAUUCGGCCUAACAAGCUUUUGACGUGGUGCCAGAAGCAGACAGAGGGAUACCGAAACGUUAAUGUCACUGACCUGACCACCUCCUGGAAAAGUGGCCUUGCUCUGUGUGCCAUCAUCCAUCGCUUCAGGCCUGACCUCAUCGACUUCGAGGCCCUGAACGAAGAGGACGUGGUGAGGAACAACCAGCUGGCCUUCGACGUGGCCGAGCGGGAGUUCGGGAUCCCGCCGGUGACCACGGGCAAGGAGCUGGGCUCGGCCGGGGAGCCCGACAAGCUCAGCAUGGUGCUCUACCUGUCCAAGUUCUACGAGCUGUUCCGGGGCACCCCUCUGCGCGCAGUGGAUGCUGUUGAGAAGCAAAAUGAAGAAAAUAAUGAUCCUCAUUUACCAAAAUCGAAUUUCAUCUGUAAUAAUUAUAUCAAUUUAAGUUUAACAAGAAAACGAGUACCAAAGGCUGAAGGGAAAACAGAAGAAAAUGAGACUAACAAAAGGCGUCGGAAAGGACUCUUUGGUGUCUUUGAACAGACUUCAGGCUUUCCAAGCCAGGGGACAGACAAUGGGAAGGAACAGAAUGAUGGCAGAGAAGGAAUGAACCAGAACAAAGUCAAAUCAAUGGCAACUCAGCUGCUGGCAAAGUUUGAAGAGAAUGCUUCAAAUACAAUUCUGCAGAGACAGGAGCUAACAGAUAGACCAGCCCUGCUCUCCUCUGACCCUCCUGCUAAUCCUCGCUUUGCUAAACCUAUGGAUCCAAGCCUUCUUCCACCUCAACCAAAAAGGCAGUUUCAGGUGGUAGCUAGGAGUGAACACGAGGUCAGGGAACCCAAACAGUCUUUAAAUGGUUCUGAUCAUAUGGCCAGGAGAGCAAAGACUGUGCGCAAAACAGAUCCCCAGCCCAGUCUGUCAGAAACCUCUGAAAAUCUCGCGUCUGCCUGUUCUGCUGCAUUUGUGCUUUCUGGAGUGCUUGAGCGUCUUCAGCACCUGGAGGAAAAAAUGAAACAGAAAAGAGCUCAGACCAUAGCAAAUAGGGAAUUCCAUAAAAAGAACAUUAAAGAGAAAGCAGCACAUCUCGCCUCAAUGUUUGGAUACAUGGAGUUUCCGAAGAAUAAGCUACCUACUAAAGGCUUACCCCAUUCUCAGCCCCCAACUCCCUCUUGCUCUGCACCUCAUCAUUCAGCUGUUGCUGCUUCAUCAUCUGUUGGUUCAGCUUCCUCUGCUGUUUCUUCUCAACAGACGACUGUAGGAAAGGUCUCACGUGCAAUUGGAGCUGUGGCUGAAGUUCUUGUAAAUCUGUAUGUGAAUGAUCACAGACCCAAGCCACAGCUUGAACUGAAGCGGUCUCUGGACAGAGCUGCAGGUUCUUGCCCCAUUCCUCAGUUACCAUCUGCUGCCUCCACCACUCAGAGCUGUCAGGGUUCUCUGCGAAAAGAAUUCCCCAAGUCCAUCGGGGGGAGUGACAUUUGUUAUUUCUGCAAGAAACGGGUCUAUGUCAUGGAGCGGCUGAGUGCAGAAGGCCACUUCUUUCACAGGGAGUGCUUCAAGUGUGAAAUAUGUUCUACUACACUCCGCUUAGGAAUUUAUGCCUUUGAUGUUGAAGAAGGUAAAUUUUACUGUAAACCUCAUUUUACUCACUGCAAAACCAGUAUGAAACACAGAAAGAGAAGGGCAACAAUACAGAUCCAUGGAAAGGAGGCGAUAGAUGCAUGGAAGAAAGUGGAAGCCAAACCCACAGAGAUCACCACAGAAAGCAGUUUGUCCACUGCUAGCAGUCCAGAGGACAGGUCCCCAGGCUGCUGCCUGCCCGUGGCUGGUGAGCCCAGCUCCCCCAAGAAGGCGAGGAGCACCCCUGAGCAGCAGGAGCUGGAGCGCUGGUUGUCACCCCCUUCCCCCGAGUGGGCCAUCGUGAGGGUGAUCCCCGAGGAGGAGAUGGCCGAGCACAACCUCCUCGCCGUUCGAGUCAUGGUCACCAGCGAUGCCAGCAGCUCUGAGCUGGAGUCUGAGUUCAACGGGGACUCCUCGAACUCGGAGGCGAGCGAAGGCCAGAGCUGGCUGCCGGCGCCGCCCGCCUGCUCCAGCCCCAUCCAGAGGUGGGCAUCGCUCCUCAGGAGCCCCGUGGUGCCCGAGGAAAGCUCCAAAACAUCCAAAGUCGCUGAUGCACUCCAGAGAGCCAACAGUUUUCAGUCCACGGCGUUAAAUAAAUAUCAGAAUUGGAGGAGAAAAAUCCAAACCAGCUUUCCUCUGCUGUCAAGCAAGAAACCUGGGCUACACGGGAAGGACAGCUCAGGCAGCUGCCAGAGCGGAGCUGCAGAGGAGCACUCCCAAACACAGUUGGCCUCUUACAAGAAGCCACCAGAAAUUCCAAGAGGACAUUGCAAACCCUGCAGCCCAGUAUUUCAAAGAAAAGAAAAAGCCAGGGAGAAUCCUGAAGACACACAUUGCUAUGUUCCCCACUGUCCUUUUCAGAGCAGCACCACGUGUUUUCCACAGACCCCUCUUGGGAAUGCUGAUUUUUAUGAGCCUGAAGACACAGACAGUGACACUGGGACAUGCUCAGCCUGGGACUGGAAGGACAAAACACGGAGACACACCUCUGAACCAGAGCACUUUAACAGGAAGGCAAAAGCACUGUCAUCUCUGGAUUCGAAAGAGAAAGAUGGCAAAAAUACCAGGCACCCAGAAGAAAAGCUUGAGCAAGAAUUAAAGGAGGCAAAACAGAGGCUGGGGCUUCGUACUCAGCAGCAGCCCUUGCAUGGCUCUAACAGGUCAGAGCCAGGUGGGAGCAGUGCAGGGUGUGGAAACAGCAGAGCCCCGUGGGCUCUGAAGAAAAAGGAUGCUGGCUGGAGGGAAGAAGGGUUCAAACACUCUGCUUGUCCUGGGCCUCUCUCAUUUGCAGGUGGUGCUCCACCAGCUUCACCAGUGGACACAAAGGGUGCUCUGAGGAUUCCAGAUGUGGUUUCCAGGGAGCAUGCAACCACCCAGCCAAAGUCCCCGCUGAGGCUCAUAGCCAAUGCUAUCAAAAGGUCCAUUUGGGAGCCUCUAACCUCAGCUCCAGAAGGAUUAAAGCAGGACUUGGACAGCAAAGCCAAAGCCUCCUCAGAACAAGCCUUCUUCAGCUUCCCCAGCACUCCUGGGUAUUCCCUAAGCCAAAGGAACAGGAACAACAAUAACACUCAGUCACAGGACCCUAAAAUAACGGAGUGGGCAGGAAAAUAUGUAGGAGAUGGGAGCCCUUACUCAAAUCAAUCUCAUUCUUCUGUGGGUUCAGAAGGGACAUCUCUAAGGGAUUACAGGGAGGGGGUAUCCUUCACAUCCCACAGGCCUUCCAAGACAGCCCAUGUGCCUCAGAAAUCAGCUUGCACUAGGAUGGAGGAAGUCCCAGGACUCCUAGAAAAGUUUACCUUUGAAGACAGUCCUCUAGGGACUCCCAUGGAUGAAAUAUAUAUCCAUGAGAAAAAGUCCACUCUUCUUUCAUCUCCAGAGCCCAAGGACAGUGUGAAUGACUCUGCACAAAAAGGGUCACUCUUCAAUAGACUGAGAAGCAAAGCUCAUGAAAGGGAACGGAAUUCCUUGGUGUCAUCUCUGCCUGUCAUUAAGGACCAUUCUCCAGAGAGGUUGUGUUAUCCUUUCACAGGAUAUGAACACCUACCUGUCAGAAAACAAGGUACUGAGUAUUCUACUUCAUCCUCUGAUGAGGAAUUUGAAUCCAAGCCUUCAUUAACACACAAGGCAAAAAGGGCUCUCAGAAAGAGAAGGAAGCUGGAGAAGGAGACAAAGCAGUUGAUUAAACAAGAGGAGCUGAAGAGGCUUCACAAAGCACAGGCAAUCCAGCGCCAGCUAGAAGAACUGGAGGAAAGACAAAGAACUUUGGAGAUUUUUGGUGUCAAACUGGAGAAAGAACUAAGAGGAGAAGCAGAUUCAGGCACAAAGGAUGAAAAUCAGAUGCUACAUGAAUGGUUGGAGCUGGUCAUGGAGAAGAAUAAAUUAAUGCGUUACGAGUCUGAGCUCCUGAUUAUAGCCCAAGAGCUGGAAUUGGAGGACCACCAAAGCAGGCUGGAACAAAAGCUGAGGGAGAAAAUGGCCAUUGAUGACAGCCUUAAAGAUGAGAUGGAUCUGAACGAGGAAGAUGAAAUUUUUACGGAGAUGAUGAGAGUGGUUGAAGAAAGGGACAGACUCGUAUGUGCCUUAGAAGAGCAGAGAGUGAAAGAAAGAGCAGAAGACCAGCACUUUGAAAGCCUUAUUUUAUCUACAGGUUAUCAGCUGAGCAGGAUUUAAACAGCCACAUGCAAAUAAACAUCCUUUCAGCAGUAUUCCCUGUCACGGAGAUACACUCUUCUGGAAAAUGAAGGAAUUCAAAUUUAAAAUCAACUUAUUUGGGAAGCAGGUCAUUUUGUUAUCAAAAGCUUUAAAGCAGGUCUUUUGCUUAGACCAGAGACAGUUAUUUCACUGUCAGCUCAAAGGAUCACUGGGAUACAGAUUUGGACUGAAUGUGCCUGUCUGACAGGCACCAGGGUCUGUGAAAGGGAAAUCAGAGCUCCAUUAUUCUCUUGGAAUUUUAUUUUAAUGCUGAGAGUAGAGUUUCUGAGGAACAUGAUGACAUCAUUUAGUAUUUCUGAGACAGCCUUACUUUCCAUCUGUUUGUCUGGAUCUCUGUGUGGCUUUGUUAAUAUUUUGGCACAGCCGAGCCAUGGUCAGCUAUAGAAAAGUCAGAAAAUGAGCAUCUCAUGAAAAUAGGGUUAGUUGUUAUUUCUGGUGGAGGAAGAGUCGUUUUACUAAUAACUACAUAUAAGCACUUACUAAAACUACUGUAAAUGCAAUGUCAGAAAUUAAUUUUUCAGGUAUUUAUGAGUUUUAUUGCACUGUGUAUUUUUGAACAAGAAUUUAAAGCAAUAUUAAAUCCCUGCAUUUUGUAAAAUGGUAAGGGAUUAUCAAAGGGUGACUAUCCUUACAGCUGUUACAUGCUCAAAAAAGUUUCUGUUUAUCAGAGAUUAAGGUCUUUAAAAUAAGAUAAAAGAUCAUUUAAAAGUAGUAAUUCAGACCCAACUGGACUAUAGGGCAGACUUUAUAAUUUCUUCAUAAAAUACAUCACAAAUUGUAUUGUUUGGUGUGAUAAAUGGUAUAGCAGUUAAAGACCUCCCCAACAAUCAUCCCAUAAAAGGACUGCAAAAAAUGCUGAGUUGUUAAUAUCAACAUUCGAUGGAAAAUAUUGUGAGUGUAUUUAAAUUACAUUUAUCCUGCUGCUUGAGAAUAUAUGCCUUUUUUUUUGCCUAAAGGGACCAUCUCCUAUCUUUUUUGUACAUUCAUUUGUAGAUAUUGGCAAAAAAGCAUGCAGAUAUUCUCCUAAUUUAAGUAACUUCUUAAAUCUGAGAUAAUUCUGCAAUUUAAGAUUGGUAAUAUUCCCAACUGUAUGUGUGAUGCACUAGAUUUUCAAACUGGAAAAAACAAGGGGAAACUGAAAAACUGGGUUUUUGGGGUUUUUUUGAAUAUAAUUUUACCUCAUGCUCUGAAAAGAUUUGGUGUUCUCAUUAUUUUGUGAAUGGUGCUAAUUUGCAGCAUCUGCCUGUGGUACAGCCAAAGAUGGAAGCAUUCCUGUCAAAAAAGCUUUAAACUGAAAAACCACUUAGUGAGUACUGGUAAAGUAACAGACACACUGUGUCCUGUCACAAUAAUAUUUGAGUUAUCUUCAGGGUUGGUUUGUUGUUGUUUUGUUGGGGUUUUUUGGUUUUGUUUUUUUUGGGUUUUUUUUUGUUUCUGUAUUGGAAGAAAUUUGAAAUACCCUUUCUAAAGGUAAAAGCAAGUUUUUGCUAUUGGUCACAGAUAAAUAAUAUACCUCUGUUGGUGCAAGCUUUAUACUAUUGCUCUGCAAUAUUUAUUUAUAUCUAUUUAUUAGACGGUUUAGAGAGGGUAAGAGUGUCUGGUUACAUUUUACAGUUUGGAUGUUCUCUGAUUUUGAUUGAAAAAUGUGUAUUUCUAACAGCUAUGUACAGCAAGACUGUGCAUUGUGGAGUAGACAGCUUUAUAGAUUUGGUACUUAAUUAGCAAUAAAAUAUGAAUUAAGAUUUUAAACAAUAUUCUCAGUGACCGUAACUUGAAGGGAUACCUUUAAAACACAGCAUUCAGGGCUUUAACUUAUAUUUUGUCUUCCAUCACAGUGAAAAGACAUAGAAGAAAUCCUUAAAUAUGUUACAAAAUAAGCACCAGACUUUUUUUCCCCCCCCUCUCAUUCAUAGGCUAAGCAUACCUGAUCUUCAGAUGACAUUUUUACUGAGAUGGAUUGCAGUGAUUGAUUUUUUAAACUAAAACUCUAUUACUUAAGACUGACACAAAGUAGGAGAGGCAGAGCAGAAAUAAAUAUUUUAAUUUUCUCUGUUGAGAUCUGCUGGUAUUUCCAGUAUGGCAGAGGAAAUUUCUGGGUUUUAUCACUGUCCCCAAUCCUCCCUCAUGCAGUCCUGUAGAAAAAGACAGCCUAGGAAAUGUCAUAGUUUUCUGUGAAAGUCAUAAUGAUUUCAAGGUAUUUUUAAGAAGUUUGAAAGCAAAAUUCUUAGACCUUUGCACAGAAUUCUGCAGAAAUCUCCAGUUAUAUCAAAGAUUGGUUUUCUCAUCUCACUUUUACAAUUAAGAAGUCCAUUCACAAUAGUGUUUGCUGUUGCAAAUAAGCCCUGAGAUUUCAGUUUACAGCAGAUGGAUACCUGUUCAGCUCUAAAACCAAACUCCAAAGGGUGCUUUCCCUAGAGCUUCAAAGAUUUGCAUUCUUGAGAGUAUCAGAGUCUACAGAAGCUGAGGGCCAUCAGAACUUUAUGGACAUCAAAAAAUAUUCUUUGCUAAAGAAGCACUUUUCUGGAUGCCCUGUGGUUGUUACACAUGUUCUGCCCAAAACUGGCUGCUCUUGGGUGGAAAAACCUGUCAGGCUACUGCUGCCCUGCCUGAUAUUAAGUACCUCACAAGAUUAGAUCCAAAAAUAAACUGUGCAAGUGAUUUAGAAAAUCAUAAACGCCUAAGUCAUUUAAAGCAGGUCUUUGUGUAUUGUGAGAGUAGAGAAGGGGGUUAAAAAAAGAGAGAAGCUAUGUGCACUGUUCUCAGGUCAAUUUCAUAUGGUUGGCUUCUACUAGAAAUGUAUUUAAACACUGGUUUGGUUAUCUUGCUCCUCAAUAUUUUCUGUAACUUGGCUCACUAAUUUAUAACAGUUUUAUUAAUUUUUAAGUUCAUGGCACUGUUAUUUUGGGGUAUAAUGUGAUGUGCUGGAAUGUACUGACUAAAUGGGUUGGUUGUGAGAAAUUAUCUAUUUGAAAGAAUAAAAUUCGGGCUCACUCUUGAA